CAUUCCACUCCCUCUAUCUCUAGUCUAGUGUUGUUUCCACAAUCAAAAGCAACGAAUCCAACGGUGGAGAACAUCCUGCGCGGAAACACGGAGCCGCUCUCGCCCAACUCCUUGGAAUCUCCUCAUCUCUCUCUCUCUCUCUCUCACCACACCCAAUUCCCUAGUUAAAACUCUCAACCCACGCACUCUGCUAUCUCUCUUUCUUCUCUCUCUUCAAGUCCCUAGUUUUCAAUUUAUAUAACACCCUCCUCAGCCCUCUUUGGCCAGCUUAGCUUAAUUUCCUGCUCUCUCUCUCCCCCAUCUCUCUACCUUUCUUGGGCGCAAAGAAAUCCCACUCCUCCUUCAACCUCAACCUGCUCUCAUUCAUGUAAUUCAAUCUCCCACUUCACACUGACUGAUAUUUCACAAACCAAACCCUCUUCAUAAAACCAUGAGCUGCAACGGAUGCCGAGUUCUCCGAAAGGGCUGCAGCGAAUCCUGCAUGCUCCGCCCUUGCCUCCAGUGGAUCGAAACCCCCGAAGCCCAAGGCCACGCCACCGUCUUCGUCGCCAAGUUCUUCGGCCGCGCCGGCCUCAUGUCCUUCAUCUCCGCCGUCCCCGAUUCUCAGCGCCCCGUUUUGUUCCAGUCUCUGUUGUUUGAAGCCUGCGGCCGUACGGUCAACCCGGUCAACGGCGCCGUGGGGCUGCUCUGGACCGGCAACUGGCACGUGUGCCAGGCUGCGGUCGAGACCGUGCUCCGCGGCGGCACGCUGCGGCCGAUACCAGAGCUCCUCGGCUGCGGCUCGACUCCCGACGAAGCCUCCGACGCCGACGGCGGCGUCGUCAACAACUGUACGGACAUGUGGAGGCUCCGAGAUCCGAGCCACAACUCCGGUUCUUCGUCCCGGUUCACCAGCUCCCGGUCCGCCAAGGCUUCCUCUCCGAAACGCAAGCGAUCCGCCGACGACGAGUCGCCCACGAAGGUGCUUCAGCUCCAGCACCAUGCGGAUCUGGAUCUGCGGUUGACUCCGAGCCUGACUUUCAAACCGAAGCCCAAACCCGAGACCCGACGAGCGCUACGAAAAACCCUAGAAGUAGCAGUUUCAACUCUCAAGGUGAUAUAUCCAUCAAUGCCAAGGUUAUGA